AUGCGGUUAUUACUACUCUGCUCGAUACUCGUGAUUGUUGAAUGUGCAAAUAAAAAGAGUAAAAAGAAAGUCGAAGCCGAGCUUGAUGAGGAGCCGGUCGAGUUCUGGAUCAGUAACGCAUGUUCAGCGUAUGAUCGGUGUCUCUCAAAAUACGAUUCACUCAUCAAUGCGUGUGGAGAUGAGAGACAGUUCAGGAAUGAAGAACCGUCGGACAGUUGUUAUCAACCGAUUGCCAAACUUUUCACCGAACUUGUCUCUAGAAAGCAAAAGAGAGCACAGCUUUUAAGAGAUUGCUAUGUAACGGGUCAUGUCGAAUCGGUCGAUGAUUCUCAGUUUGAGAAAGCUUCUGCUAAAAAGAUGUUAAAACUUCAGAGACACCAAGCAACUUGUAUUCGGAAAAUCGCUGAGUUUGAUCAAUAUUUCUAUGGAGAAGAUGUGAAAGAAGUGAAGAGAAGAGCAAAGACGAAAAAUCAAUGCAGAGCCAUUGCGAAGAGGUUUAAGGACAGAUGCAGCCGAAUAGAGAGUUGCUGUAUUCGAGUGAAGACUUGUCGUGCUCUCGUUGCCAGACAUCCGUUAGUUGAAUCAAUGAAAGAAAUGGAAGAUCGAAUCAAAGAAGAAAGACGACAGUGCAGACAAGGAGCUCUUGAUAAU